AAAAAAAAAAAAUUGCAGGAACCAGGCUGUUUGAGCUCUGAAAGUAAACUUGAGAAAACAAUUUAACGAGAACAAUCUUCCUGGUUCAGAUCAUAAUUAAUCUUUCGCUAAAAAGCUCUCAUGGCUUCUAUACCAAUUCUCCUUAUAAUAUUGUCUGUUUUUUCAGUCGCCAUGAAUGCAAAAGCUCAAACAGAGUACCCAAAAAACAUUACCCGAGGUUCUAUAUUGUCCCCAAAUACCAUCAACUCAUCAUGGCCAUCACCUUCUGGUCUUUUCUCCUUUGGUUUCUAUCCAGAAGGCAACGGCUUCCGUGUUGGCAUAUGGAUGGCUACUGAUAAACCUGAAACUCGCGUAGUCGUCUGGACUGCAAAUCCAGAUGUUCCCCCUUGUUCCCCUGACGCUACGUUGGAGCUUAAAGGAAGGUUGGUUCUUAGAACUGAACAAGGUGAAGAAAAAAACGUUACUUACAAUGAUGAUCUUCCAGACCCAGCAACUUCAGCAGCUAUGCUUGAUGAUGGAAACUUCCAACUCUUUAACGGCUCUGGUUAUCUCAUGUGGCAGAGUUUCGACUACCCAACUGACACCAUACUAGGAGGUCAGGUUCUAACUUCUGACUCUUGGUUGCAAUCUAGCAUAUCUAGAUCUGAUCACUCAAGCGGACUAUUUAUGCUCCGUAUGCAAAAUGAUGGAAACCUCGUUUGCUAUCCUGCAAACAUCUCCAACAAUCCAGACACUGCAUAUUGGAGCAGCGGAACUUUCUCUUAUGCAGCAAUGCUAAAUCUUAGCCAUUUGGGUUAUCUAUCUCUAGAGGGUUCAUACGGAAAACCAAUACGCUUCCUUUCAAAUGGAUCUUAUCCUGUAAAAAACAAAACUAUCAUCCACAGAGCGACGCUGGACAGCGACGGAAUUUUUAGAAAGUACUCGCACUACAUUGUAAGCAACGUAAGCUCAAAAGUGACAGAGAAAUGGUCGUCUAUGCAAAAUCCAUGUGACGUAAAAGGAAUUUGUGGUUUGAACAGUUUCUGCCAAGUGGUUAACAACAAAUCUGAAUGUUCGUGUUAUCCUGGAUUUGUUUCUGUCGAGCCCAGCAUGAUGUUCUUAGGCUGCUAUCAGAAUUUCAGCGCAGAGAGCUACGGAGACAAAGAAGAAGCCGACCCUGCUCUGAGGUAUAAUUUUACUUCUUUAAACAAUAUUCGGUGGGAUGAUCCUCCUUAUACAGUAGAGAUAUUGAUGGAGGAAGCUUGUAAGGGGUCUUGCAUGAACGACUUUAACUGUUGGGCGGUGCUGUAUGAAAGUACUCGUUGUCGUAAAUAUAAUUUUCCACUAAGAUAUGGUAAACAGAGCAAGGAUAUAACUACAAAAGCCCUCUUUAAGGUGAAAAAUAUUGGUAUGGCGAAGGAAUCGAAUCAUAACCACCCAGCCCCUGCAAAUGAUGAGAGCAGGAUCAAAACAGUAAUGUUUAUUCUGGGAUUAAGUUUGGGUUCUGUUGCAUGCUUGUGUUUUGCCUUUGCAGUUUCAAGUUUCAUUGCUUACAAGCACAAAUAUCAUAGGUAUAAAAAACUGUUGGAAAAUACAAAAUUGGGAUUAGCUGAAGAUUUUACUUUGCAAUCAUUUUCAUACAAUGAGCUUCAGCAAGCAACAAAUGGAUUCAGUGAAGAGAAAGGAAGAGGGACUUUUGGAGCAGUUUACAAAGGGAUUUUAUCUGAGGGUAACAAAACCAUUGCAGUCAAAAGACUAGAGAAAUUUGUGGAAGAGGGAGUAAGAGAGUUUCGAGCUGAAAUGACUACAAUUGGAAGAACUCAUCAUAGAAACUUAGUUCAGUUGCUUGGUUUUUGUAUUGAAGGAUCCAAAAAAAUUCUUGUCUAUGAAUUCAUGAGCAACGGUUCACUUGCAGAUCGUCUCUUUAAGGCUGUAUCACCGCCGACAUGGCAAGAAAGGGUGAGAUUUGUAUUCGAUGUGGCAAGGGGGAUGUUCUACCUACAUGAAGAGUGCGGAGUGCAUAUCAUCCAUUGCAACUUGAAACCCCAAAAUAUACUUCUGGAUGAUACUUGGACUGCUAAGAUCUCUGAUUUUGGUUUGGCGAGGCUAUUGCCCAAUCAAGCAAAAACAUCCAUGGGAGUUCAAGGAACGUCAUUACAGUACUUAGCUCCUGAAUGGCAAAAGAAUUCCUUGAUAUCAGUAAAAGCUGAUAUUUAUAGUUUCGGCAUUGUGCUUUUGGAAAUCAUAUGUUGCAGAAGAAAUAUUGAAGUUAAUGUUUCAACACCGGAUGAGAUAACUCUUUCCAAGUGGGUUUAUAAAUGCUUUAAAGCUAGAGAGUUGCACAAACUUGUGGAAGUUGAAGAGGUACACUUUCCAACGCUAGAGAGAAUGAUCAAAGUUGGGUUAUGGUGCAUCCAAGAUGAUCCAGAUUUGCGUCCUUUGAUGAAGAAUGUCAUCUUGAUGUUGGAAGGCACAGUGAAUAUAUCUGAACCUCCAUCUCCAGAACUUAUUGUUCUUCCAUGAUGUGAUUAGUUUCUUCUAUGCCGAGGCCUAUAUAUGUAUGCCUAUAUGACUAUGUAUUUGUGUUUUUCUAUGUAUCUUCUACGUUUGUGUUUGGUUUGAUGUAUUUCUGAUGAUAUCUUUUUAUAGGUAUGUAGGUGGAUAAAUAUUAAUUAAUGGCGAUAUUUUGGAUAUGAAACUAAAA